GCAGGGAAAUCCCAGACAAGCAGACAGUGGGUAUAUAAACCUGCAUGUCCGCACCUGUACUCAUCAACCAACUGCUUCAAGGACAACUUGGAAGAGAACACAGCAAAGAAAACCUAUUGACUACCAUUUAUAGAGUAUAAUCUCUCACAGAUCUAACUUUAAACACAACAUGGAGUUUCUAAUGAAUCAGUGUCCAACAAUGACAACAUCUGAGAGUCACACCUGGAGCUCGAAGAUGCCCCAUGGCGUGGGCCUGGAGAUCUCCCAUCAUCCCCUCUCCAUGAAGCGGGUGGCGAACCUCAUCAUCGCUCUGGAGCGUCUGAGGGACCACCAGAGGACCAUGAGCCCUGGGUUCAGAGAUGAAGACCUGCUCAGCAUGAUGCUGGAGAGCGUGGUGGAAGAAAAAAUGGUGCUUCAUACGGAGGAGGCCCACCAGGGUGAGGAAGGCGCCAGAAUAAGUGGUUUCAGAAAGCUGGGUGAGGAGGAAAGCGCCCGGAUAAGUGGUUUCGAAAAAGGCCAGGGGGUGGAGUGCAGUGUGGUGGACUGUGACAAGAAGCACUGGGUCCUGAUGGCCAUGGAGCUGCAAGCUGUGAGGCUGCAGAAUGGCAAUGACCACCGCAAAGUGCGUCUGAACCUGUCUACCUACAGGCCUCCCUCAUCUAGUCUGGCGGGAGCCAGACCUGUGACCCUAGCCAUCAAGGGCACUCAACUCUACCUGUCCUGCUCCAAAAACUUAGGAAAACCCACCCUGGGGUUGGAGGAGGUGAAGGGCGACUUAACGAGGAUCCCUACGGACAGCGACAACGUGCGCUUCCUCUUUUACCGACGGGAUACGGGCGUGGACAGCAGCACGCUCAUGUCUGCCCUAUACACCGGUUGGUAUAUCAGCACCGGAGUCCAGGAUGGUGUGGAUCGGCAGGUGGAUAUGUGCGAGUUGCCACCCAAGCAGCGUUGCACCAACUUUACCGUCACGAACUAAAGACAACAGUCAAGACUGUCACAGUGUUAGAAAUAAAACAUUGUAUAUUUCGUAGGGAUUAUGUAUGUACUAAGUACAGGAAGUUUGCACGAGUGUAUUGACUUUACAGUCAAAGUUCACUCGACUUUUAAUUUAUCAUUCUGGAACGUUUUCUGUUUGCUUCCAUCAUCACGGUCUUGUAAUUUAUUGAUGCGCCAUCAUUACCUUAAUGAUGUUGCAAACCUACUAAAUGAAAUGUUGCUGAUUGUAGAAAAACAUAAUUUAAUUCCAUCUAUAAUAAGGUUAUAUAUUUUAUUUAUUGAUUUAUUUAUGUAUUAUUUACACCUAUUUAUCAUUGUAAGUAAUUGGUCAUUUGCACUGAUAACGAAUGUCCCUUGCUGUUGUAUAACAAUGCAGUUAUUCUGAAAUAAAUAGACCAUUCUAAUAAUCCUUA